AUGGCGAAGAAGUGCGUUCACAAGGGCUGCGGCAAGGCCUAUGAUGACGAGAACGAAGACUGCGUGUACCAUCCCGGCCCGCCAGUCUUCCACGAAGGACAGAAGGGCUGGAAGUGCUGCAAACCUCGCGUCCUCACCUUUGACGAAUUCCUAAACAUCCCCCCCUGCACUACCGGAAAUCAUUCCGAAGUCGACGACACGCCCGUGCCAGAGCCGUCAGGGGAUCCGGACAUUGCCUCAAAGGUCCCGGAAAACACGCCCGUCUCAUUGGGAAGCCUCGAGGCAGCUCUGCCAGCUCCUGUUCCGCGCCUGCCGACCUCACAAAACACGUCUCUCCGACCGUCACCAUCGGUAACUCCCGCCCCGCCAGAAUCAGAAGACGAUGAUCCGGCUUUAGCGAUUGCAGUGGGCCAGACAUGCAGGAGGAAAUGCUGUGGUGAGACGUAUAAAGGCGAUUCGAGUCGAGAGGGUGAGAGGUGCGUGCACCAUCCCGGAAUACCCAUCUUUCACGAGGGCUCAAAGGGGUGGUCUUGCUGCAAGAGACGCGUGCUCGAGUUCGACCAGUUCAUGAAUAUCGAGGGCUGCAAGGCGAAGAACCACCAUUUGUUCGUUGGUAGUGGGAAGAAGGCUGGGGAGGAGAAGCUGGAUACUGUUCGCCACGACUACUACCAAACAGGAACCUCAGUCAUCGCCUCCCUCUACCUCAAGAAAAUCGACAAACAAACGUCUACCGUCGCAUUUACAGCAACACACGUCAACCUAGAUCUACGGACCGCAGACAGCAAACGAUACCAGACAGAAAUGCCCUUGUUCGCGACCAUCAACCCCGAGCAGAGCAAAUACCGUAUUCUGGGGACGAAGUUGGAGCUAACCCUGGUGAAGGCGGAUGGUCGUGGUUGGCCUGUCCUUAGGGCCGACGAUAGGCCCACGGGUGAGAUGAUACAGGUGGGACAGGCCGCGAGAGUGUGAAUGUGAACAUGAACAUGAUAUCAGAAAUAAGUAGAAAAACCCUUUCAUAACUUCACAUCAACAUGCUCCAUAAAUGCAGUGCUCUUGGUUGUUCUUUUGAUCCCGUUGGAGCGGGAUUUGUAAAAGAUUGUUUGCGGCUCUGGUCUGUGGAAGCAUCAGCCUGCAAGCGGCUUGGAGGUAAUGUUAUUAGACAUGAUCCAGGUAGGAAAGGGCAUCCUGUUGGUGCUUUCUCUGGUUCUAGAAAUGGGUUAGGGCUAUCUACAUCCAUCCAGUCAGUAUUCUUU